AAUGUUGCUCAAUUCAUGGGACUGAAGGCUCCUGCAACACUCGACGUUCUUUCCUCUUUCCCACCGUGGGCACGAGGUGGGUGCGAUGGUCCUUGUGGUGAGUGGCAUCCCGGCUCGAGGGGCUCCCUUCUCGAGGGCCCCCGCCCCUCCUCGGCCCUGCCUCCAGCCCCGGGGUCUCCUCGGGAGGCGCCCUCCCUCCGCGGAGCCCCACCCCCGGAGGCCGACUCGGGCAUAAAGGGACCCCAGGGGCCCUCCCCGCCGUCAGGGAUGGGCUUCGACGACUACUACGUCUACCCUUCGGGGCAGAGGGACGCGGCGGCCCAUUACCCCGAGGGCUUCCCCGCUCGGGAGUCUCUGGGAGGCGGCGAGGAGGAGGAGGAGAAGGAGCCCCGCAGCCAGCCAGAUGAUUCUCCACAGUCCUACAGUUCUGGCACCCACACUUUUUACACUCCGGACUCUGCCACCAGUCCCAAUGGUCCCCCUUCCCCACAGUCAACUUCUCAGAAGCUCAAUGGGGAAAACAACAAAGGGAAAAAGGUCAAGACCCGGGCAGCAUUCUCUCAAAAGCAGCUCCAGAUCCUCCACCACAGAUUCCAGAACCAGAAAUACCUCAGUCCACAGCAGAUCCGAGAAUUGGCCGCAGCCUUGGACCUCACCUACAAGCAGAUAAAAACGUGGUUUCAGAAUCAACGGAUGAAGUUUAAACGAACCCAGAAGGAAAGUCUGUGGUUGAGAAAAGGAAUGUGCCCACCUCAGAAUGGUUUCCUGCAGAUGAAUCCUAAUUAUCACCAAGGUUAUGGUGUUGGUGAAUCAAGAAACAUCCAUGCCUUGGCUGGCUUGCAUGAGAACUUUACAAGCAACCAGUUCUACGCCAAUAACCAAAACUACACCAGCGACCACCAGAUCUAUGGUAACCCCCAGAACCUUUAUCCGAUUGCAAAUAGUGAAGAUGGGAGCUUUUUUGGGAAAGCUACCGGAGCAUCUUUCAACCAACAGGCAGUGGCCUAUAAUGGGCAACAGGCAGUGGGCUACAUCAGUCAACAAAAGAUUAACUUUUUUCAUGGCUUCCCUACAAACAUGGAAUAUGCUACUGUGAAGACUGAAGAUGGCUAUCCUUUCCCAAAUAUGUCCACCACCGAGGCAGGAUCAUUUCCAAGCAGCUCUGGCUUCCAGAUCUACCAGUUACCAUUGCAAACUCAAGGAGCGCAGAGCAACUGUUAAUCAUUUCCUCCUUAUGUGGUUUCACUUUUUAGUGUUGUAGUUCUGUUUCUGCCUUUUCCCCUACUGCUUUCUUCAACACCAGAUCAAGCAUUUAGUCCCACCUCCUUGAUCAGUCAGUUUUCUCACAUGGAAAAUGACACGCCUGAAGAGAAGAUCUUGUUUACAUGGCAGCUCUGUAGACAGCCACUGUCUGAGCUGGAACUAUUUUGUUUUCAAACAGGUAUCCUAGUGUUUUCCAUGGGAGGAGAGCAACAACCAGAGUGGGCCAAGUCAAGACUAGACAUUCUGCUUAUCUCUUGUUCAAGAAAGCAGGAUGAUCCUAACCAGGGUUUUCUUUAAGCUCUUUUUGUUUUGAAGCAUGUGGAGUCCCACUUCCAUCUUCUCACCUCUUCCUCCUCCAACUCAUGAGCAAAGGCACUGCUCAAAAAGGCUCAGGGUUUGCUUGCCCCUUUCUUCUACUGCAAGGGUGUGUCACAUAUAUAUUUCUGAACUUGGCUAUCAUCAAAUUUACCUUGGCUGGUUCCAGGAAAAGACUCAAUGUGAUGAACAGACAUUUUUUUAAAUGAAGGACAUAUAUGAAUGGUAGAAACAGCCACAAGUGACUUGCCUCCACGUCACCGGCUCCUUCAUUUUCCAUUUAAUCAGUUAGCCAAAUGUUCAGAAACCUAAGACUGCACCCAACACAACUGGAAAGGGUCUCUAUCUAUCUCUUCUAAUCUUGUUUUGGCCUUGGUUCGUUUGGUUCUGCACCUGUAUUCAAUGUUUGUUCAUCAGGUAGCAAACAUUUUGGGAGAUUGGGGUUUUACUAUCCAUUUCAAACCUACCAUAAUUAUCUUUUUGUAUCUCCAGACCCAGGACAAAAGAAAACAAGACAGGCUUUUAUCACUGGGAUUUUUAUCAGGGCUGCUUUUCCUAUCUCUGUAUAGACUCACUGCAGCUUUUAGAAAUAUCAACAUUAGUGUCUAUUGAGUUAGAUUGCCAAAAAUCUCAAUCAGUGGUUCUCAACCUGGGGUCCCCAGAUAUUUUUGGCCUUCAACUCCCAGAAAUCCUAACAGCUGGUAAAUUGGCUGGGAUUUCUGGGAGUUGUAGGUCAAAAACAUCUAGGGACCCCAGGUUGAGAACUACUGACCUAGACAGAGCCAGGUAUCACGCAGGACGUGAUGCAGAAAAGAAGGGGAGGAGGGGAAAGUGACAAAAGAACAAACAGUGCCCUUCUACAGAGACCUUCCCCAUAGCCUACAGCAGGGAUGGGGAUUAUGUGGCCCUCCAGCUGUGAAUCACAACUCAACAGCUCUAAUAGGCAUAGCCAACAAUGACGAAUGCUAGGAGAUGCAGGCCAGUGGGAAGUCCUCCUGACUCCCACCUCUUUUCUAUAGCAUGAUUUCUAUCCUCUCUUCCUCGGGAGCAAGAAUUGCCAUCCCCUGUCCCAAUGUUGGUUUAAAUCUAAAAAAUAUCAGUGGCUCAUCGUGGCUGGAAUUCCAAAGUGUUUCUUAUAGUUACAGGUACCUGUUUUUGGAUGCUGUAAGAAUUGGUAUCCCCUCCCUCCCUUCAUAACAUCCAAAGUACUUCCCCUCUGCAACUUCACAGUAAAACCCCUAUUCUUUGCAAUGAGAAGGCAUGAUCAGAUGUGAAAUGAUGGCACCAGUACUGAAUCGAUGGUGGAGGAGGGAUUUUCUCUGGAGUCCCAGUGCAUCUGACUGUGAGGAGGUAGCUAGACUCUUCUCCAUUCCUGGCUGUUAAACACAGGCUGAAUCUGCAGGGAAACUUUAGGGGCUUUACAGUAUGCUAGGGGAAGGCAUGUGGCCCAAUGAAACAUGGAUCAUGUGGCUGAGGGGAUGCCAGGAUGUGAUCAUAAUUAGUCACCACGCCCAGGGUUAUUGAUUUGUUUUGUUCUGUUUUUAAUAACAUAAAUUGUCAUCAGAAGUAUGUCUGCACACGUACAGCACAUCCAAACAUUUUGUUUAUGUAACGUGUUUUACCAUGUUGUUGCCUUGGUUUUAAUCUGCAUAAGGGACUUGGUUCUAUUUCAUUAGUAAAAAGGGAAAAAAAGGCAAAUCAAUAA